AAAAAUGUCAUCUUCUAUGCUUGUCAUGUCUUACAUAAACUAUCAAAAUACACCCUCUCUGAGGGAACGGUUGGUGUAUUGUAUAGUACAUAGCCACUCUGUAAAUAAUGAUAGAAUUAGGGUUUCAGGGUUGAUAUGGUAACAGAUUUGCAUUUGGUGGGUUCUUGUGGGAGUUGUGUACAUUUAUGCAUACUUCUCAUCCUGAGAAAUGUUUGAGUAUUUUUGUUUGUUUUUUAGUGGCACUGAAAUUUCCAUUCAAGAGUUAAUGCUCACUAAGUUGGUGCUAUGCUACUUGAGCCAUGCUUCCAGCCUUCCUUUUUGUUUUUCUGGUGAUUAUUUGGAGAUGGAGUCUAAUGAACUUUUCUGUCUGGGCUGGCCUCCCACCUUCAUCUUCCAGAUUUCAACCUACGAAGUAGCUAGGAUUUAUAGGCAUGACCCAUUGGCACUCAACAUGGGCAAUUGUUUGAAAAUAAGAAAGUUAAUUCAACUUGGUUUCUCCAAUUUCAGGUAUGAAAAUAAGUAUGUGAAGUUUUUCAAGAGUAAACCAGAGCUGCCUCCAGGGCUGAGCCCUGAAGCCACCACCCCUGUUACCCCAUCUAGACCAGAAGGUGGUGAACCAGGCCUCUCCAAGACCGCCAAACGCAACCUGAAACGAAAGGAGAAGAGGCGGCAACAGCAAGAGAAAGGAGAGGCAGAGGCCUUGAGCCGGACUCUUGAGAAGGUGUCUUUAGGAGAGACAAUCCAACUCCCCAGUGCUCUGCAAAUCACCCAGGCAGCCCCUACAGCUGCCUCGGACCCGCCUGACUCAGCGGCCACCACAGAGAAAGCCAAGAAGAUAAAGAGCCUAAAGAAGAAGCUUCGUCAGGUGGAGGAGCUACAGCAGCGGAUCCAGGCCGGGGAAGUCAGCCAGCCCAGCAAAGAGCAGCUGGAGAAGCUAGCAAGGAGGAGGGCGCUGGAGGAAGAGCUGGAGGACUUGGAGCUAGGCCUGUGAGGCCUGUGGGAAUAGGAAGUAGACUGCAGAACAAACCGUGGGGCUAUCUGGGACCCCGGGAGCAUGGGCAGAUGCAGUCAAGUGGGGUAUGCCUCAGAUUGGCUCCUUUCCACUUCUUGCCGCCCAGCUCUGUCCUCCAAAACCUAGCCUCUCCUUCAUUCCUUCCCUUUUCUCCCCAAUUCCUAUUUUUUGGACAUUUUCCCUCCAAUUCUUAGUGUUCAAAAUCUCAGUGACUACCCCAGGUACCUCUGCUGCUGAUUUGGGUGUCUUUGUUUAAAAGAAAAUCGGGUGGGUGGGAAUGGAAUCUCUUGAGAACUGAGGCUAGGGUUUAGAGAAUGCACCCAAGUUCUGGAGUCUUGGUUCCUGUUUACAGUGUUGAUGACAUUUUUCCCUAGCCAUCCUAACCUUUUUUUUUUUUUUUUUUUAAAGAGUACAAUAAUAAACUCAAGUAGACAACA